AUGUCCAACACUAUAUUCAACCUUUCAAAUGUGCAGAAUGCUUUAGUCAACUCACCUACAGAAGGAAUAAGAAUGCUUCCUUUGGAUGUUGUAGUAAAAAAAGACACUAAGCUUUGUUAUUGCGAAGCCACUAUUUUCAUCAAGCAAUACAUCAAAAACCCUGAAGUAGCUUUAAUUUGUAUGACCAACGAUCAUACCAACCAUGUUCCUGGCAACGCUUCUGAAAUUAGAACAUUACCUUUACCUUCUGAGGCCAUCAAAAUUAUUGAAGAUCAGUUAAAAGGGGGCAGCACUUGUAGAAAUACUAGAAUUUCAGUUUUGCAACAAAUUAAAGAGUGGGGCGUAGGCAUUAGAAAGCCCAAUUAUGAAGACAUCUAUAACAGAAUAAGAAAGCAUUUUGCGUUUGGAUUUCAAUCACCAUCUCAAAUGAUGCUUAUGAGAAUUUCCCAGUCGUUUUGUUUUGAUGCAACACACAACAUCUCUGCACACAACAUUGAAAUAUUAUACUCGCUUGUUACUCAACAUCCUGAUACUGGAAAAGGUAUUGCUGAAAAUAAUGCAAUUACAGCAGCAUUGCCACAGACCAUCAUCCAUUUCUGCAAGUUUCAUGUUUUGCGUGCCUGGCAGCAUAAUUUAGACAGCAAAGUAAAGCUUGAUGCUUCAUACACAUCAGAACAACUUGGCAAAUACAAGUAUGAGCUCAAGACCAAUCUCAAAAAUAUACUUAUUGAAUCAGAUGAGGAUGAAUUUUUGAGAAAAAUCCAGGAGUUUAGGCUUCGUGUACAAAGUCAGCAACAGUUUCUGGCUUAUUUCGAACGUAAAUGGAUUGGCACAGAAGAAUUGUUGAGAAGAUGGGGAAGGCCAUAUGUUGCAAAUGACCACCAAAGAUAUUUGACAAACAAUUACAUCGAAUCGUGGCACAACCAAUUGAAAACAAUAUACUUUGGCCAUACUCGCAUAAGACGAUUGGACCGUCUUGUCUUUAUUUUGACAAACAAUGUGGAGUUCUUUUACGAUAAAGAAGUUAAUGUAUCAAACAAUUUGAUACGAAAUUGCACUUGUCCCAAUUUUGCUUCACGUCAAAUUCCCUGUAAACAUGCACAUCUCCUAAAGAGAUUUAUUGGUCUAGACUUUGCGUAUACAGUUCAAAGAGAAAACAACCACCUCCAACUACAAAGAUCACUUGCAUCUGAGCAUGAAGUGGCAGUUAUUAAUGAAGAAGUUGAAAAUAAAAUAAACGCAGUUGUUGUAAGUGGUAGAAAUAAUUCUGUUUGGUUGCAAAGAAUCAUGGCCCAGAAUACAACACUUCAUCAUCAAAGAGAAGACUUAGAGCAGUUGAUAAAUGUUUCAGGAAUUGAUGAAGCCGAAUUACAAGUGAUUAGUGGUUUACUUGGGGAAGCAAUGAAUCAUAGACACUCUUAG